CUCUACUCAUUUGGACCACUACUGUUCGCGAUGCCCACCGUCGCUGUUGACAAAGCGGAUCUCUGGAAGCGACUUGGUCAAGAAUUCUCAAUCGAAGAAUUCGACAAACUAUGCUUUGAAUAUGGGUUGGAACUCGAUGAAGAUACUACAGAAGAAGUAAACGAGGCGAUCAAGAAAGGUUUACCUGCAGAACGUCCACAACUCAAAAUAGAGAUUCCUGCAAAUAGAUACGAUUUACUUUGCAUUGAAGGAAUAUCUCGCGCCCUCAGAGUUUUCUUGUCCAAGGGAGAUCCACCGAAGUACAGAUUAGUGUAUCCUCCAGGUGGAGAAAGCAGCAUUCUCAACAUGUCCGUCAACCCAGAGACCAAGAAAAUCAGACCUCUUAUUGCAUGUGCUAUUCUUCGAAAUGUCAAAUUCACCGCAAGAUCUUACGCGUCAUUCAUCGACCUUCAAGAUAAACUACACCAAAAUAUCUGUCGUCGCAGGCAACUGGUGGCCAUUGGAACACACGAUUUGGAUGCUUUGAAAGGGCCUUUCCGCUAUGAAGCGCGGCCGCCGCAGGAUAUCAAGUUCAAGCCUCUUGGAAAGGAUCAAGAAUACACAGCAGAGGAAUUAAUGACGAUUUACGAGUCGGAAAAGCAUCUUGCGCGUUAUCUCCCUAUAAUCCGCGAUUCCUCCGUUUAUCCUAUCAUAUACGACGCGGACGAUCGUGUUCUGUCGAUGCCUCCGAUCAUCAACUCUGAACACAGCAAAAUCACUCUGAACACACGAAACAUACUGAUAGAAUGCACUGCCACCGACCAGGUCAAGGUGGACAUCGUCGUGAAUAUAAUGGCAGCCAUGUUCGCUGAGUAUUGUGAGGAGCCUUUCACAAUAGAGCCUGUGAAAAUUGCGAUGCCAAACGGACAGACACGUAUCUCUCCUGAUAUCUCUGAAAGAACUAUGAUCACGGGUGCCUCCUACGUGAACGCUUGCACCGGCCUUUCUCUCAAAGCGGAUGAAGUGAAUAAAUUGUUGUCAAAGAUGUCGCUUUACGCGAACCUUUCGCCGAAUAAUGUUGAUGAGGUUGUGGUCAAUAUUCCAGCUACACGACCCGAUAUCUUCCAUGAAUGCGAUUUAAUGGAGGACGCCGCCAUAGCGUAUGGAUUUAACAACUUGCCCCAUACGUUCCCUGCGACCACAACCGUUGGCCAACCCUCAGCCAUAAAUAAGCUAAGCGAUGUUGUCAGGUUGGAAUGGGCUUUGGCCGGCUGGGUAGAGGUUUUACCUCUGACCUUGUGUUCACACGAAGAAAACUUUGCCUUCCUGAAUCAUGAGGAUGACGGAAAGAUCGUUGUCAAAAUCGCCAACCCGAAAACCCUAGAAUUUCAAGUUGUGAGGACUACGUUGAUCCCAGGCUUACUCAAAACCGUUCGGGAGAACAGGAUGCACGCACUUCCUAUCAGGAUUUUCGAAGCUGGAGACGUUGUUUUCAAAGAUUUGCAACGGGAGAGACAAUCACGAAAUGAAAGACAUGCUGGUGCUGUGUGGUGUAACAAGACCGCAGGUUUUGAGAUUGUACACGGUGUCCUUGACCGGGCAAUGAAAAUGCUAGAGAUUCCUAGGAUUCAUAGCACCGAUUUCAAAGCCGAAACAGGCUACUAUCUGAAGGAAACCUCCGAUCCGAUGUACUUCCCUGGCCGCGCUGCGUCAAUCUAUUAUCGUCCACCUCCUCACAAGCGGACAUCCAGCCUCUACAGGGUUAAACAUGGCAUUCAAGCAGCCCUGCAUACAAGCGAUCAACACGAUAUAGUCCUCGGUACUUUAGGCAUCCUGCAUCCUACUGUCCUCGAGAAAUUCGAGAUUCAAUACCCUUGUUCGGCGCUUGAAUUUUCGCUGGAGCCUUUCAAAAAAGAGAUGCACCGAAUUUGGACCAACGACGAGUGA